AUGCCCAUGGCGGAAGGUGACGUUUGUACAGAAGAUGUAGGUACAUGUGGUGAUGACUGCAGUUCAAGGUGCGCAUCUGCACAUGCUGGGGCGAAGGCUGCCUGCGUUUUGAACAACAACAUCCCAGUUUGUAGAUGCUACUUCGACUGUGGACCUUCAGUCCCACCGCCAUACUCAAAAACUUGCAAAUUAAGCUUGGGAAUAUGGGGUGAGCGCUGCUCUGAGGAGGACUGCAACUCACAGUGUGCUGCCAAAUAUCCUGGACCCCAACAAGGAAUGGGAUACUGUUAUAGUGUUGGAGCUCCUGUUUAUACUUCUUGUUUUUGUGAAUACAAGUGUUAG